AUGAAGAAUACGAGACUAAUAAGACAAUUAGCAAACAAACAGGGCAUCAAGGACCCCAAGAACGAAGGGAUUGAAGCUCCUUUGCACAAAAGUGAAGCAGCCAUUGCAGGGUAUGAAAAGGCGUUGGGCUUGAAGUCAAAUGCUGAGGAUUUGAGACAAGCCAACCAAAGGAUCAAGGAGCUGGACCAGUCUGUCAAUUCUUGUCUCACCACCUCUUUUGAUGCUGACAGAGCGAGAGCAUUGAUAUCUACUGAUGGCUCACUACUGUGUUCUGGUAAGGGACAUUGUAGGGCUUUCACUUUUUUCCCUUUAUCAUCAUCUUCUGAUUGGGUCGGAACUGGGGCAUUGUUGUCCACUUGUGCUGUUGGACUGGUGUCUUCUGGUGGGGCAAUCGCCUUGCCAUCAUUGUGA